UACGCGUACGAUUCCCCGCGCCACCACUUCGGCGGAUGGCCACGCCCAAAACUUCGCGAAGCCGCUGCCCCGUUCCACUCUCUCCAAGGAUCACCCACCAAUGGCUUCCCCCCUGCGAGAGGACUAGGGUUACAGUUAGGGUUUUGCUUCUUCCCAAUGCCGUCGGAGCUAAAGGAUCUCGGCGGGUCCAACGGAUCCCUCGACUCCCAGGAGGAGUCCCCUCGCGUCGGUGGCGGCGGGGGAUCCUCCGGCAAGGCGAAGGACGAACGGCCGCUCCUGAAGCCCGGAUCCGCCACCUCCGAGGCCGCCGACGCGGCGACUCCCUCGGAGAGCCUUGAGGAACUGGAGAAAAAGUACGCACCAUACGUGCGGAAGGACGCCUACGGGACGAUGGGCCGCGGGGAGCUACAGCCGGUGGAGAAGGUGCUCCUGGGGAUCGCCCUCGUGACGCUGGUCCCGAUCCGGCUUGUGGUCGGGAUCUUUGUGGUGGUGUUAUAUUACCUGAUCUGCCGUCUCUGCACGCUUUUCUACGCUCCAAACCAGGAGGACGGGAAGGAUGACUACGCCCACAUGGUCGGGUGGAGAAGGGUGGUGGUGGUCCGGACGGGGCGAUUUCUCUCCAGGGUAUUGCUAUUUGUGCUCGGUUUUUAUUGGAUUCGCAAGUCCCAUCGGAGUUGCUCCGCCGAGG